UGACUGUAUUUUAGAAAACAUAAGAAAUAAUAGACAUGGACUGCUUAAACGUAGCUAAGAUUUUACCCAAUUCCCCACGGAAGAUACGAGGACAGAUUCAGGUUAUUUUCGGACCGAUGUUCUCGGGAAAAAGCACUGAACUGAUGCGGCGCGUGCGGAGGUUCCAGGUGGCUCAGUAUUCCUGUCUGGUCAUCAAAUACGCCAAAGACACGCGCUACUCUCAGACGGGGAUGGCCACACAUGACAUUGUUGAUGACCUUCGACCCUUGUGUCUGCAGGCCUUCGGUAAUAUCCUGAAUCUGGUGCCUCUAGCGGAGAGCGUGGUCAAGCUGAACGCCGUCUGCAUGCAGUGCUUCAAAGAAGCCGCUUACACCAAAAGACUCGGCGCUGAACAAGAGGUGGAGGUGAUCGGCGGCACUGAUAAGUAUCACGCAGUGUGCCGAGCGUGUUACGGAGGUCUCGUGGCGUGUAAAGAGAACUGCGAUCCACAGAGAGAGGAGACGCCGCCGCAUGUGACGUCAGGAAAACAGCCCAAUCAAAGCGCUCCACGAAAACUCUUCGCUUCCCUUCAUUUAUGAGAAUAACACCUCAGCCGUACUGUAUUACAGG